AUGUUUCCAGAUUCGGGGAUUCAAGUGACAAUGGAUGUCAAAACAAAAAGGAGAGCAGAUGUAGAUCAUGAUGAAGGAGAAGACCUAGUUCUAGCCACUCUGGUUGCCAAUGGAGAUGACAUUAGUCCUCUAGUCAGGCAUGCCUUUGAAAUGGGGCGCCCACAGGGGCUCCUACGCCAGCUGGAUUUUGUGGUGAAGAAAAAGGAAGCCGAAAUUGAGGCAAUGUGCAAGACACACUAUGAGGAAUUCAUCCUUGCAGUUGAUGAACUUCGUGGUGUGUUAGUUGAUGCUGAAGAGCUCAAGAGUGAACUCCAAAGUGAUAAUUUUAAGUUGCAGCAGGUUGGCAGCGCCAUUCUUGUCAAGCUUGAGGAGCUUUUUGAAUCAUAUACAGUGAAGAAGAAUGUGACUGAAGCUAUAAAAAUGUCAAAGAACUGUAUGAAAGUUUUGGAGCUUUGUGUCAAGUGCAACAAUCAUAUUUCUGAAGGCGAGUUUUAUCCUGCAUUGAAAACUGUUGAUUUACUUGAGAGGUGUUACAUAAACAAUAUUCCUGCCAAGUCUCUCAAAAGGGUGAUAGAGAAAAGAAUUCCCUCCAUAAAAUCACACGUCGAGAAGAAAGUAUGCAGCCAAGUUAAUGAAUGGAUGGUACAAAUAAGAAGUUCUUGUAAAUUAAUUGGGCAAGCGGCAAUUACUCGUACUGCAUCAAAACGCCGGAGGGAUAAGGAAAUGCUGGAGAGGAAGAGAAAGUCUGACGGAUUAAAUGUUUCAGGAGUUGAUGAUCAGACUUAUAAUUUGGUGGUUGAAGAAGAUGAAGAUGUCGCCAUGAAAUUUGAUCUCACACCUCUUUAUCGCGCUUGUCAUAUUCAUAGUUGCCUUGGGAUCCUAAAGCAGUUUCAUGAAUAUUACUAUAAGAAUAGAUUGUUACAAUUGAAUUCGGAUUUGGAGAUAUCUUCAAUGCAACCUUUUAUUGACUCGUAUCAGACAUUUUUGGCUCAAAUUGCUGGGUACUUCAUAGUGGAGGACAGGGUCCUGAGGACUGGUGGUGGGCUCCUAGAACCUGAACAGGUUGAAACUAUGUGGGAAACUGCUUUAGCAAAAAUAACACCAAUGUUAGAGGUGCAAUUCGCUCAUAUGAAAUCUACCACCCAUCUUCUCCUGGUUAAGGAUUAUGUUACACUUCUUGUGACUACUCUUACACAAUAUGGAUAUGACGUUGGCCAACUUCUUGAGGUGAUUGAUAAUAGCCGUGACAAAUUCCAUAGGCUUCUUGUGGUAGAAUGUCGGAAACAAACCAUUGAGGUUCUUGGCAAUGACACAUAUGAGCAGAUGGUGAUAAAAAAGGAAACUGAUUAUGAGAAUAAUGUUCUGUCAUUUAAUCUUCAAACAUCAGAUAUUAUGCCUGCUUUUCCAUAUGUUGCACCAUUCUCCUCGAUGGUACCUGAUGCUUGUCGCAUUGUGACAUACUUCAUCAAAGGCUCUGUUGAUUUCUUGUCGUAUGGUCUACGUUCCAAUUUCUUUAAUGAUGUGAGGAAUUAUUUGGACAAGUUCCUGAUUGAAAUAUUAAAUGAAUCUUUGCUUGAUACAAUCAAUAGCGGAGGUAUCAGUGUGUCUCAGGCCAUGCAGCUUGCAGCAAACAUAACCGUUCUUGAAAGAGCUUGUGACUUUUUCCUUCAGCAUGCAGCUCAUCUGUGUUGCUUGCGAUCAGCUUAUAAGCCCCAAGCUACUUUGACUGCAAAGAUAUUACUGAAAACUUCGAGGGAUGCAGCUUAUAUGAGUCUGCUGAGUUUGGUAAAUGCAAAAUUAGAUGAGUAUAUGAAUCUUGUAGAAAGUGUCAACUGGACUACUGAGGAGGAAAAGAUAACUGGGAAUGAAUACAUAAAUGAAGUGAUCUUUUACCUUGAUUCACUUAUGUCCACAGCACAACAAAUUUUACCUCUAGAUGCCAUGUACAAGGUUGGGACUAGUGCACUUGAGCAUAUUUCCAACACAAUUGUGGGAGCUUUCCUUAGUGAUAAUGUCAAAAGGUUUAAUGCAAAUGCAGUUAUGAAUAUCAACAAUGAUCUUAAGAUGUUAGAGACUUUUGCAGAUGACAGGUUUUAUUCUUCCGAUUUGGCUGAAAUUUAUGCAGGAGGUGAUUUUAAGAGCUGUAUGAUAGAAGCACGACAGUUAAUCAAUCUUCUCUCAAGUAGUCAGCCUGAGAACUUCAUGAAUCCUGUCAUAAGGGAGAAAAAUUACUAUGCACUGGAUUAUAAAAGCGUAGGAUCCAUUUGUGAUAAAUUCAAGGAUUCUGCAGAUGGAAUCUUUGGAAGUCUUUCAAAUAAAAACACAAAGCAAACUGCUAAAAGGAAAUCAAUGGACAUGCUCAAAAAGAGACUUAAGGAUUUCAAUUGA